GUCCACCACCUGAUCGAUAGUCUCGUUCCCGUCACCAGUGAUUACAAUCACAAGUCAUUCGCGGAAUAUAUCAUUAAUUUUGUGGUAAAUGUCUUGCAAUUAGUGUUUGUUUUGUCGGCACUCGUGUCGACAGUAUUUGCGGCCAAAUAUCUACUGAAGAAGUGGUGGCGACGACCACUGAUACCUCACUUCGAGUCCAUUAUCACCAGGAAGUCAUUGUGUGUAACGGCAGUGAUUGGUGUGAUAGUGGUGUGCAUUGCGUGGAAAUGGCGUCAAAAGUAUUUGAUUGAAUUGAGUCGUAAACAGUGUUAUGUCUUACAGACACCACACGAGUGUCUCAACCGUCACAACGAGCUGACGUUCGUGUCGUGGAUCAGACAUUACAUGUAUUCAUACGAACAGCGCCGACACGACUACUACCGGGCCGUUACUGUCGACCCGUUUUGGGAAAUCAAUCCGUUGACAGUCAUCAGCGAACUCACCGCUGAACUCGUCUUAACGCCACUCAAGAGUUUGGGGCACUUUUCUGGUCUAUUCAUGUCAUCGUAUUUCAGUCAUAUUCCCAUAUAUUUAGUGAUCCCUGUCUUCAUAUUCCUCUGCUUUUGCACA